AUGGAAAACCCUAGUUGGAAUGAAACACUUGCGCAAUUGAAUAAGGAUAUCAGGAAGGAGAACAAAUCAUUGAGGAAUCGUUUACAGAGUAUUUCAUAUGAUCAUCGAUUUUUAGAAAAUCAAGUCAGGAAGCGAUUCAAAAACUAUCCCUUGAUACCCAAUGAGAGAUGUGGGCUAUGGUAUUGUAAUCCUCAGACAUAUAAUCAAACUAGUUAUUUCAAAAGUACCGACGGACAUACAAAUCAAUGGGAUUUUAGUACUAGGAGGUUAAAUUUCCAUCUUUUCCCUACACUACAAGAGAAAGGUGGUAUUAUUAUCGUGGAUAGUACUCGGCGUGGUAAAAAGAUCCCUGAUUCUUUAAGCAAGACAGUACCGAUAUGGUGUGCUGUAAUUAAUUAUAUCAUGCUAGAAAGUGCUGGUGUUGACUUUGAUACAGAAGAUAUAUUAUUUGUACCUCCCGUCACAGUUUCUGCUAAUGAAUAUCAUUCAAUAAAAUUAAAAUUACCAAAUUUGGUGGAAAAAAUGAAGACAUUAGGUGCAUUAAAUGGGAAAGAAUUAUAUGAUUCCAUGAAUGGGAAAGUUCUAAGACCAAUUUGGGUUUAUCCUGGAUCAUCAAUAUUACAAAAUUCAGUGGAUCCCUUUACAGGAGAGAUCCUUGAUUCAAAAUGGGAAGUACCAGAAAAUGAAAAUAUUAUACCCUUGAUCUUAUGCACAGUGAGCUACCAAGCUCAAGAUGGUAUGGAUAAAAGGAAUGGUUUUACUUAUGUUCAAGGUGCUGCAGAUGACCACGAAUUAUGGUCAGAAGGUCUCACCCCACUGAUGUUUUGGGAACAUUAUGGUUACCUGGCAGAUACUACACACAAUGUAGAUGAAUUGAAAGAUUAUAUCAAAGAGUUAGUUCUUGCAAAAACAAUGGAACAGGUAUCUUUGAAGGACAACAUUGAUGAUAUAAUUAAACCCAUUGAACAAAUUACAGAAAGGUUAUACCUCGGCAAAAUAGUGGAAAAUUCAAUCAUAAACGAAGGAAUAUAUCAGGAACUAUCUAAGAAGUACGAUUUAGUAAUAUUAUUAAGUAAUAAUGUUAAAUUAGAGACUGAUGAAAAUAACUUAGAUGCUUUGGUUCAAAUAUACAAUUUACAAAGUGGGUCUAAGAAAUCAUCCAAAGAUUUGAGAGCAAAGCUUCCUGGAAUAUACGACACUAUUCAUACUUCAAUUUCAGAAGGUUCAAAAGUAUUAGUUUGUUGCAAUACAGCUGCAGAUAUAUCUAUAGGUGUCAUACUAAGUGUUUUAUGUAAAGAUUACUCUCAAGAUUGGAAAUUCGAUCCAAUUGGAGAACCUUUAAUAACGAAGACCGUAAUAAGAAAACAUCUUUCGCAGUUAAUUACAUGUCUCAACGGACGAAACAUUAAUGUUUCAAGGGCAACACUGAAUAGUGUUAACAGUUUCCUUAUGUAG